AUGACAAUUAUGAUGAUCAUGAUCAUGAUGCCGACGAUGGUGAUGAUGAUGAUCAUGAUGCCGACGAUGCAAUGCCCUCAGACAAGAGAAGGUGCCUUGAAUGUCCAUCUGAUACCACAUUCGCACAUGGACGCCGGCUGGGUCAAGACCUUCGACGAAUACUACUAUGGAACCAAAACAUCAAUUAGUACGGCAAACGUUCAAUUGAUAUACCACUCCGUUAUUUCUGAAUUGCUGUAUGAUAAAAAAAGAAAAUUCACCUUCUCCGAAACGUCGUAUUUCUGGCGCUGGUGGAAAGAACAGCGUCCUAUAACGAGGUCCACCUUCCGUAGCCUCGUGCAGGAAGGUCGCGUGGAGUUCGCCGGAGGAGGCUGGGUCCAGAACGACGAAGCGACUUCCGAUUAUCUCCAGAUCAUUGACCAAUAUACUUGGGGAUUGAGGAAACUGAACGACACUUUAGGCCUGUGUGGUAAGCCUAAAGCGGCUUGGCAGAUUGACACAUAUGGCCACACCAGGGAACAGGCAUCUUUACUGGCACAAAUGGGCUUUGAUGGCUUAUUUAUCGGUCGGGUCGAUCACAAAGAAAGAGAAUCUAUGAUCGAAGAGGAUAGAAUGGAAUUCAUUUGGCGUGGUAGCGACGUAUUAGGUAAAAUGUCUGAUAUAAUGACCCACACGUUAUUCAAUCUCUACAAUCCUCCUGAAGGAUUUUGCUUUGACAUACUGUGCAAUGACGAACCCAUCGUCGACGAUCCUGACAGCAAGUCGUACAACGCUGAUACACGAGUAAACGACUUUAUCGUUCAAAUAGAGAGACAAGCGAAAUAUUAUGAUCACGACAAUAUCUUGGUCACUGCCGGAGGUGACUUCACAUAUCAAAGCGCUGCAAAUUGGUUCAUUAAUAUGGAUAAAUUGAUUAAUCAUGUGAACACUCAUCCGGUCAAUCUGUCGGACGUGAAUAUAUUCUAUUCGUCUCCCUCCUGCUACUUGAAGGCCAUAUACCUACACGGACGCAGAGAUAAAGCCGUAUUCACCGAAAGGUCAGACCAUAUGCCUUAUGGAAGCGAUUCAUCUACCUACUGGUCGGGCUACUACUCCUCAAGGCCAAGCUUUAAAUACUUCAUUAGGAAGGCACAUGUGUUUCUGCAGGUCGCGAAGCAAGUAACAGUCCUUGCCCGUAUGGGGGAUUCGUACGAACUACACCUUCUGAGGCACGCUGUCAACCUGGUGGUACACCAUGACGCUAUAACUGGUACAAGUCAGCAGCACGUCACAAACGACUUCCUGAGAAUUUUAAGCGAAGCCGUCGAUGCUUGCACCAAUAAAGUGUCAUACUUACUCAGCAACUUAACUCCGACUUGGGGCGCGGGCAGACGGUCGAAAAACAGCCAGCACUUCACCGUGUGCCAUCAGCUAAACAUCAGCCAAUGUCGAUUCACGGAGACUCAAGAAAGCAUGGUCCUGCUAAUUUACAAUCCGCUAAGCGUCAAGGUCUAUCACCACUUGUGCUUUCCCGUCAAAGCUCUCCACUUCACCAUAAGAGAUUUUAAUGACGAAGAUAUAGAGUAUCAACUAGUGCCUCUUCCGGCUGCAGUACUAAGUCUUACUGGGCGAACGUCUUCAGCGAUCCAGGAGCUGUGUUUUGAAGCAGAGAACAUUCCACCCCUAGGGUACACUUCAUAUUACCUCACGCUUGUCCGUAAUCAACUGGAAGAAAACGAAUACGCCAAGAAAUCAGCUAAGGGCCACGUCGAGGCGGAACAAGAGGUCGCUACUUCUAUAUCCAAUGAGUAUCUCAAAAUCUCGAUCGAACAAUCCACUGGUCUGCUGUCUUCCAUCCAACACGUUGAUGGGGUAUCAAUAGCUGUAUCUCAGAACUUCCACUACUACGGUCAGGGUAAGAGCAGUCAGCAGUCCGGAGCCUAUAGCUUCAGGCCAGAGACGCAGCGACCAGUGCCGGUCACCGACAAGGCCACUUACAACGUGGUACGAGGUACGCUGAUAAAAGAGAUCAGACAAAGAUUCAAUGAUUGGGUGUCCCAGGUCAUAAGAUUGUACCGUGGCGAGGAGUUCAUUGAGCUUGAGUGGAUUAUAGGCCCGGUUCCUGUAGGGACUGACUUGGGAAAAGAAGUCGUGAUGCUGUUCUCAACUAACAUCAGCAACAGCGGAGAAUUCUUCACCGAUUCCAACUCGCGACAGAUGAUGAAACGGACCUGUUGGAACGAGACGACUAGCCAACAGCAAAAGAAGAGUAUCGCGUCAUGCUAUUACCCGGUGACGUCAAGAAUAUGUAUUCGCUGCGCAAACAGCAGCAUUGAAAUGUGCGUUUUAAAUGACCGAGCCCAAGGCGGUACUUCAUAUAACGACGGAGAAAUCGAACUAAUGAUACAUAGAAGACUUCUAACAGAUGACGGGUUCGGCUUGGAAGAGAAUCUCAACGAGGAAUCUUACGGCAGAGGACUGGUCGUUAGAGGGAAACACAGAAUUCUGUUCGGAACUUCAGACAAGAACGUAAGUGAUUCUAUUGAAAAUGUGUACCGUUUCAGCCCUAUUCCCAUAAGAAAAGCGGUUUUAAUUGCCUUACAUUUGGCGCUGACAACUUCAACACCCCUAGUUGAAGAGCUAUCGUUCUCGGAGAGAGUAUCUCAAGCAGCCAGGCGCUGGAGAUAUGAACCCUGGUUGUUCUUUGCGCCUGGAGAGAAGAUUAGCAGGAGAAAAUGGCAGAAUGUUAGAAAUAAACGUUACUCAUUGCUGAGAAUGCGAGGCUUACCACGACAUAUCCACAUCCUCACCCUGGAGCCGUGGAAAUCUGGGAGCGUUCUGUUGAGGCUCGAAAACGUUUUGGAAGAAUCCAGAGAUCACCUCAACCCUGAGAACCCCGAGAGGACCACGAGAGCCUCCCACAUAACUGUCGACCUACGCAAAUUAUUCGCCGUCCCAAUCAAAUUGGCGAGGGAGACGACCCUCGCGGCGAAUCAGUGGCUGGACGACGCAAGACAGAUGGAUUGGAGCACUAGGUAUGUCUACAGCGGAUCUGAUGAUGGAGUUACUCACGAAGAUGGAGUGACCGAAGACUAUGAUAACAAACAAACAUACCAGACGGACGCUGGGAACAGAUAA